AAAAUGAAAAACCAAAAUCUCCGCUGCAUCGUGACCAACUGCCAUGAGAGUGGCCAGCAGGAUAGUAGCUCCAUGUUCAAGUUUCCCAUAAAUCCGGUUAUUAGGCUGAAGUGGAUGGAGAACAUUGGCCUACGGAAAGACAUUAAUUUGUACAACAGUCGGGUGUGUAGGCGUCAUUUUGAGCCGCAUUGUUUUGGCAAGGCCAAAGUGUUUUCCUGGGCCCUUCCUACGCUCUUUUUGGGUGAAAAAGAGGUAACGCACCAGAGCAGAAAACCCAAAAAGAAAGCCUUUGCUCGCAAAUGUAGCGUCAGAAAUUGCCUCUCACAAUCUCCGCCAGAAAGAUUGCACUUCUUUCCCACGGAUCCCGAGCUGCGAAAGGAGUGGAUGGACAUCUGUCGCCUGAAGGUGGACAACAAGUGGCUUUUCAUCUGCGGCCGACACUUCCGCCGCAGUUUUCUGCCCAAUAGCAAGGGAAAUCUCAAAAGGAACGCAAUUCCAGAACUACAUUUGGGAUUGGAGGGUGAAGAUCCCCUGGGAAAGGGUAUCAACUCUGAGCAAUUGCAUUCUAAGCGCAGGAAAUUGUGUUCUAAAAACGAUGAUUCUGGCAUCGACGAGGAGAACUCAAAGGAGAGUGGAUUACUUGAGUCCUGUUUGAACUGCAUGAAUCUUAAACAGCAGUUGGCAGCUGCUCUCCAGCGAAUUCAGCAGCUUGAGGAAGGGCCACAGGCUACCACAGACAGCGACGAGGAGGAAGAGUACAUUUUCAUGCUUAUGAAGUAG